CCAACCCAUCCACUCCACACACACAUUCUCCACUACUACUACUACACAAAAUUCAAACAGCAAAGCCACAAUGCCGGAGCCCUACUUAAACGGAGCUUAUUACGGCCCAUCAAUCCCUCCACCGCCGUCGUCAAAAACCUACCACCGCCCUAGCCAUCGCAGCUCCUCCGGCUCCUCCUGCUGCUGCAACCCAUUCACUUGUUGCUGUAAAUGUAUCUUCAACUGCAUUUGCACUUGCAUCUUCCAAAUCCUCUGCACUCUCCUCAUCAUCCUCGCCGUCAUCGGCUUCAUCCUCUGGUUCAUUCUCCGUCCUAACAAGGUAAAUUUCCACAUAUCUAACGCGUCAUUAACCCAAUUCGAUUACAACAACAACAACACACUCAGUUACAAUCUUCAUCUCAACGUAUCCAUACGUAACCCUAACAAACGAAUCGGUAUUUACUACGAUUCGAUUGAAGCUAGGGCAUAUUAUCACGGGUUGAAUUUCGGGAAUUUGACGAAUAUUGACCCGUUUUAUCAGGGUCAUAAAAACACUACUGAUUUGGAUCUGGUGUUUAAGGGCUUUAUUAAUUCAGGUCAAUUAGGAUCCGAAUUAGGAUCCAAAUACAAUGAGGAAAAAGGGAAUGGAGUUUAUGAAAUUGGAUUAAGGAUGUAUAUGAGGAUUAGGCUUAAAUUUUGGUGGAUUAAGAGUAAGAAGAUUAAGCCUAUGAUUAAGUGUGAUUUGAAUGUGCCAUUUAAGACUAAUGGGACUUUUGAGAGAACCCAAUGCCAUCUUGAUUGGUGAUUUUUCAUUCGGUGUUCGAUAUCUGUACUGGUAAUUUCUCCAUUUUAUGUGGAUAUUUGGAGAUAAUUCUUGAUAUUGGGCUAUUUUUUCUUUUUUCUAAUUUUUGAUGUUUUUAGUUGUAUUUUUGUUGGAAUAUUGAGAUAUUAUUAAUUCAUAGACAAUGUGGUAUUAUUCAUUCAUAGAUUUUGAGUUUUUUU